AUGUUCGGGGCCGACUCCCCCACAGUGUCGGACUCAGGCUCGGACGCUGUGAAGAAGGAGGAAAGCGGCAAGAAGCGCAAGCUCAGUAGCAGCAGCAAGAAGAGCAAGAAGAGCAAGAGUAAGCACGCCCGACGUUCCGCCCGCGACGACGACGACGAGGACAAGAACCCGACGUCCUCGUUUAUCGACGACAUGGCGUCUGAGAGCGAUGACGGCGAAGGAGGAGGUGGUGCCGGCUCGGACAAUGACGACGAGGACGACGACGACGACGGAGAAGACCACAACGAAUAUGAGAACGACGGGUUUGUGGUCGAUGACGAGGACGAGAACUCGGACGGAGAAGAUAUGGCUCGUCACCGACGUCGUCGACGGAAGAAAGAGAAGAAGCUGAAACGACUGAAGCAAAAGGUCGAAGAGAUUGACGACGAGGAUCUUUUACUUGUGCGCGAAAAUAUGGGCAUGGACACGGGUCCGACACGUAGUGACAGCGACGACGAAGACGUGGGGCGCUCGUCCCGUAAGGUCAAGAGCGAGGACGACUCGGGACUCAUGUCGCGUGAGCUUAGUUACCGCAUGUUCGGCGAUUCAGAUGAGGAAGAGGAAAGCUCAGCGCCACAACGCGCAAACAAUUAUCUGGGCAACGACGAAUACGAAAGCGACGAUAUCGACGAGUUCAUUGUGGAUGACGAUGAAGAAGGGCGUGAGGGUCCGCGCCGGCGCAGAAAACAAGAACCGAUUCCAGCAUCUAUGCAAGGGCCGUCGGUGUAUCAGAUGGGAGAAGCUGAGGAGCUCUUUGGAGACAUGGAUGGGUUCAUGGAAGCUACAGGCGGUCGGAUUCCCGAUGAAGCACCUCUGAAGUCGAGAAAGGCCAUUUUGCUGGAGAAGUUUGAGCCAAGUGUGCUAAAAGAACACAUGAUGACGUCAGACGUGAUUGCCGUGCGUGACACGGAUUUGCCGGAGCGAUAUCAGUAUAUCUACCAAAUGCGCAACUUCCCAGAUGCAGAGGAUCGCGCCGAGGAGUCUGAGUGGAUCAGUGACUAUAUCAUUAGGAACCUGGAGCAAAGGAAUCAGCGCAACUCUGCCGCAUCGCGGGGCGAAAUUGUAUCUGCAAUUGAUACGGUAUUGCGCUUUUACCACGACGAAAAGCUUGAGCCGGCAUUCGUCCAGCGCUACUGCAAAGAAUAUUGGAAAGUCGUGGGUUUGCAUACGGAAAACUUGUACGAAAUUCUCGACCUCGACGUGAAGUGGGACAAGUUGGAGCGCAAGCGUCGGUCUUUCCAGAGUGGUAUCGAGCGCGUGAUUGACUCCUCUGAUGCAAAGGAGUCGGCUUUUGUGCGCAAAUGCUACGAGCAACUAUUUCGCACGCCCGACGAAAAGACGUACAAGGAUUUGUCCGAGUUUUUUGCGUUGGAUGCACAGGAAUCAAGCGGUCAGGACAAGGAGGGCACAGAUCAUAAGUACCGUCGUCCAGUACGCCGUACAUUCUACCAGAUCUGUACAAAGGCAGGAUUGCGUCCAGUGUCCCUCGCGUUUACGAUGAAUGCGUCUGUACUAGGUGGCAUAGUGGCUGGCGUCGAACACGACGACCCGAUUCGUAAUGUGCCUACUCCGGAAGAUAGUCCCGGCGUUUUGGCCCAAAAGUAUACGACAAAAGAGUUUCCGACAGUGGACGACGUGAUGAAAGGUGCUCGUCACAUUGCCGCCAGCAAAGUUGCAGCCGAGCCCAACGUGCGGAAGUGCAUUCGUGAGCUGUAUCGCCAGAACGCUGUUAUGAGCACAGAAGCUACUGCCAAGGGCCGCGAAGAAAUUGACGAGUUCCACUACUGUCACGGCUUGCAGUAUAUCGAGAAGAUGCCGGUGCUUGAGGUGUUUGAAGCGGGCGACCUGUGGUUGAAGAUUGCCCGAGCCGAAAAGGAAGGGCUGCUAAAAAUCUUGAUCAUUAAUGAAAAAGCCCAGGACUUGAUGGAUCCGCUAGAGCCCAUAUAUAUGUUGCCAAGCAACGGCUCGGACGAGGAAUGGCAGAGCCAACGUCAUCUUGUUCUUCAGGAGGCGAUUAAUAAUUUCAUGAUAUCGUCGUUUGAAAACGAACUGAAAAGAGAUCUGACGGUGGCUUCUCGUGACGUGAUCGUAAAAGUAUGCGGUAAUGCGCUCCGGGAACGGCUGUCUGUCCGUCCGUACGAGCCAGCCGAUGGCGUGGAUCCGUUCAUAGUUUCAAUCUGGGUCGAAAGUACUAUGGACUCGAUCGCACAAAUUGUGGCUCUUGAUGUGAAUGGGGAAGUCGUGGACAAGACAGAGGGAUACUGCAAACGAGACGUGAAUAGCAUCCAGAAGUUGUCUGCUACGUUGCUAAAGUUUUUGACUGAGCAUGCUCAAACGCAUGUCGUAGUGAUUAACGUGUCGGCCGGUAUGAAGUGUAUGGAUAUGGGCGGCGUAGUUGAUGAGGUUCGGCGCUUGUUAGGCCGCGAUGAUGCUUCGCGCUUUGGAAACGGAGAUGGUCACGAUUUUCUGGACAUCGUUUUCCUGAAAGAUGACGUUCCAAGCAUGUUCAGCCGCUCUACUCGAGCAGAUCAGGAAUUCCCAGAGGAACCGGAAUAUGUGCGUGCUGCGAUCGGUCUCGGACGUUACCUCAGGAAUCCUGCGUCCGAGCUCUGUGCAAUGUGGGGGAACGUUGCGCUGAACGAACCUAGUCGCGGUCGCGAACUGCUUUUUCUGAACGUUCAUAUGAUGCAGCACUCUCUUGUGAAGGACCUUUUGCUAAAGGAGUAUGAUCGCGUGUUUGUUCAGAUGGUCAACAAGUACGGCGUUGACAUCAACCUGUUAGCCAACCACAAGCAUACGUCGUAUCAGCUGCAGUUUAUCUGCGGCAUGGGUCCUGUGAAGGCAGCGUCUGUACUGGAUAAAGUUCGGGCAAAAAACUAUGUCGAACGACGUCAGGAGUUGCUAUCGAAGGGGUUUGUAGGCAAAAUAGUGUACCGCAAUUGUGCUGGUUUUAUCCGAAUUCGUGAGCGUGACGCGUUGCGCGAAGCUCCUCUGAACCCGCUGGACGACACACGCAUCCACCCGGAAAGUUACUACAUGGCGGUGAAGAUUUGUGGUGACGCUAAUAACAACUCGACCAUUGAUAUGUACGACCCGAACCAUUAUUCCUACGCAGUGGAAGACACGAUGUACCAGUCAGCGUCUGCGAUUCGAAGCCGAAAUGCUUCCCCGAACACUCGCCUCGGCGACGCAGAAAUUCAAGAUGUGCUGUCUGAGCUGGAUCUGUCUGCAUACGCAGGUCGCUUAGAGCUGCAAAAGAAGGGUCCCAAGCUGUUGACGCUGGAGUACAUCAAGCGAGAGCUGCGAUAUCCUUACUUCGACAAGCGUGUCAAAUACCAGGUGCCAAAGGAUGAAGACCUCUUCUUUCUGCUUAAUGGCGAAACACGAGAGACGCUGCGUGUUGGAAUGAUUGUGCCUGCUUCACUGCUGCACAUGUCAGGCGACGAGUUCGUUCGCGUUCGUUUGCAGAGCGGCAUGCGCUCAAGUUUGCAUCGCGAGUACUUACCAGACUAUUUGAUCGACGUGCGUCCCCAAAGCUUUCCGAAAGGUAUUACAGUCAACGCCAAGAUUCUGGCGAUUCAAGCAGACCGUGAAGGGCGCUACGAGUUGAAACUGGGCUGUAAUCGCCGCUCGCUGAUCAACAUGUCCCUGUGCUUUUAUCCAGAGCGCUUUCCACGAUACACAAACGAAAAGCUAGUUGAAAGCGAUAGCAUGGAGCGUGUCGAUCGUCUAUUGAAUGAACCGCCUGUUGAUGAAGACAAAGCGGUGGCAUACGCUCAAGCCACUCGCGGACCGGGUGGUCAUGGGCCAAGACGUAAAAAACGGCAGAUCGCGCAUCCGUUGUUUCGUAACAUCAACUGCCAGUCAGCCAUACAGUAUCUGCGCGAACAACCGGUUGGAGAGGUGGUUAUUCGCCCUAGCACGUUCGGCUCUGACCACCUCACGCUAACUUGGAAGAUGUUGGAUGGCGUGUAUCGUCACUUCGAUGUCCAAGAACAAGACAAACCAUCCGAAGCCCGUAUUGGUCAAACACUGAUUGUCAAGGAAGAGAAGUACGAGAACAUCGACGAGCUGAUUGCUCGUUUCGUGGAUCCAAUGAACUGCUUGGUGGAUGAUGUGGUUCGUUACAAGUAUUACAAAAGUGCUUCGAAGGAAAGCGUCGAGGAGGACCUGAUCAAACAGAAGAAGGAGUACCCGUCGCGCAUUCCGUACGCUCUUCACGUGUACAGCAAGUUCCCGGGCUGCUUCUCGAUCACAUACAUUGCGCGCGAAACGCCUCGCAGUUGUCACUUGGAGGUGAAGUCAGGAGGCUAUCGGUUCUUUGGCCGUAUUGAGUCGUCCAUCUUGCCGACGCUGUCUCAGGCGCUGCAGUUUUUCAAGAUGAAGGCGCUAGUUGUCGCGUCGUCGAAACCCUCCCGCCCUGGUUCAUACCAACGCAACGACAGCAAGAGUGGGCCAUUUGCUCAGCGUUCGGGCGCACCGUACUCAGGUAGCGGAGGUCGUCCUCGGCAGAGCUCGCGCUGGGGCGACCGCCGUAGUGACGAUAUGGGGGGUCGUCGUUGGUAA